AUGAGUAGAAAGAGGAAAGAACCUUCCACCUGCUUUUCCUUACUGUUUUGUUCUCCAUCUCCUUUUAACAGUCAUAAUAAUUUUGUGGCCAUAAUUGACCUGCCAGAAGGCGAGCACCAGUAUAAGUUCUAUGUGGACGGACACUGGAUAUUAGAUCCCAAAGAGCCUGUUGUGACUAAUAAGUCAGGUGUGAUGAAUAAUGUCAUUAAAGUGAGGAAAACAGACUUUGAGGUUUUUGAUGCACUGAAGACAGACUCUGAGAAAUGUGCCGACAUGUCAGACUUAUCCAGCUCCCCACCUGGACCAUACCAUCAAGAUCCCUACUCAACCAAAUCAGAAGACAGACUGCGCUCUCCUCCCAUACUCCCACCACACCUGCUGCAGGUGCUCCUCAACAAAGACACUGGAAUCUCUUGUGACCCAACCCUGCUGCCUGAACCAAACCAUGUGAUGCUCAACCACCUGUACGCCCUUUCCAUCAAGGAUGGCGUGAUGGUUCUUAGUGCGACACACCGCUACAAAAAGAAGUAUGUGACCACACUGCUGUACAAGCCUAUAUGAUCUCAAUCCACCAACACUAUUCUCUCUGGUUUCUGCCUUAUACUACUAAAUGUUAUUCAUCGAAGAAAGGGACCAUACCUAUCAAACGUUACCAAACGCAUGCGUCUCUGUGAGUUUAUAGUUGUGUGUUUCUGAAUGUCAGCGUCCGAUCCAUAAACCAAUAUUUACAAUGUUUGCACAAAUAAUGUAAUGCGUUUGCUACAUGUAAAAAUAUCAGCUUGCAGACGUGUUUUGUAUGUGGCUUUUCAGUUUAUGAAUUUCAAAAUACUCCUUGAUCAUUCAAAGGACAUCUGUGAUGUCUGUUUUCAUCUUUUCUUAGAGAACUUGAUUCCUGGGAUGUUACUAAAAGACAUUUGACAUUUAAUGUGAACAUUCCCAUUACGUUCCUCUGGAUUUAGAAAAUCUGCAAAUAACAUGAUAACUGUUGAUGAAUGGACCAUUGUGCUAAUAAAAUGCACACUAAAACAUUA